AUGAUGCGAAUGUCUAGUACUGCUUUACGAGUUUCUCCCGAAGUAAUUCGUGGGUUUGCUUCCCAGACGAACACACGAAAAAGCGAUUUCGAUAUUACUAUUGUCGGAACGGGUCCCGUCGGACUGGCCUUAGCUGCGGGAUUACAAACUAAUCCUCAUACACGGUCAUUAAAGGUAGCUAUUUUAGACAACCAGAACACUAUGAAGAUUCAGGAUUGGAAUCCCACUUCAUAUUCGAAUCGCUGUGUAUCCGUGAUGUCUCGCAGUCGCAAAUUCUUUGAAAGAAUUGGAGCUUGGGAUCUGAUGCGCAGAGAAAGAUUACAUCCCUUUCAACAUAUCGUUGCUUACGAUGGGAUAACUAAUUCAAAAAUACAAUUUGAUCAAACAAAGGAUACUGAGCCGAUGGCUUUCAUGGCGGAAAAUGUAAACUUACAAUACGGUUUAUUACGAUCAAUCCUAAAAAGAAAGGAUCUCCAUCAAGACAAUUUUGAUUUCUUAGUCCCUUGCAAUAUUGAGGGAAUAACAAGAGAUGAACACACAAACACACCUUGCAUACACACAUCAACUCAUGGAGUACUUCGCACACGAUUGCUGGUUGGGGCCGAUGGAAGAAACUCUAUAGUCCGCCGAUUCGCUAAAAUAGAAAUGCCUGGUUGGGCAUAUCUUGCUCACGGCGUCGUUGGAACUUUACGGGUAUCCCAAAAUAAUUUGCCUUCGGUUGCUUUUCAGCGCUUUCUGCCUACGGGUCCUUUGGCAUACCUCCCUCUUCCCGGAGACAAUGCUACUUUCGUUUGGUCUAUAUAUUCAGAACUAGCAAAAAAGUUGCUUGCCUUACCAGAGCCUAUAUUUGUCAAAUUUUUGAACGCUGCGUUUCUCUUAGAUCAGGUUGAUUUAGAUUAUCUCUUUAAGAUGGACGUUAGUAAGCCAAAAAAUUUAGAAAAGCAGCUAGACUGGAGGAUUGAAACUAAGAGACGUUCUUUAUCAUUUGACACGCCUCCUCAAAUUACAGAAAUCGUUCCUAAUUCACGCGCAUCAUUUCCUCUACGUAUGGCUCAUGUUGACGAGUAUGUAAAGGAAAAUGUUGCGCUGUGUGGCGAUGCUGCCCAUAAUACUCAUCCACUUGCUGGACAGGGAAUGAACACUGGAAUACAAGAUGCUGAAGCCUUAACAAACGCUCUUUCUUAUGCUAUCCAGCACGGACAAGACCCUGGUAGUAUGUUCUCGCUUCAGCCUUACUUUAAGAAUCGGUACUUUAAGAAUCACGUUUAUCUUGGCACCGCCGAUAAGUUUCAUAAACUAUAUGCUUUGGAUAAUUGUGUUGUCAGCACCGUACGCUCUCUCGGCAUGUCACUCUUCGACCGUAGUUCUAAGCUAAAACAAGCUAUUCUUUCCACGGUUGCCAAAGGAAUUUAA